ACACCAGUUGGAGCAGCUGCACAUGUGAGCAUCUUCUCACGCAGGCACAGCACUGCCACUAAGGAGAAGCACUCAGCAGAGCUCGCCAGAGGAGAAUCGCAGCAGACGGAGACGUGCAAGGACUUCAGGAACGGGAGAGGAGAAGAGUCGGUCAUGAGACGAGGGGUGACGUGGUGGCUCUGUGCCACGCUCUGUCUGUCCGCUUGGGGCUUUGCCCGCGCUAGCCGGGCGAGUCAACACCCGUUGCAGACGAUGAGGCGGCAGCGGAGAGCGGCCAACGACGACGCCAACAAGAAGUGCAGCUACACCUUCCUGGUGCCGCAGCAGCGGAUCACAGGGCCCAUCUGUGCCAGUGCCACGGGGCCCGAGCCGGACAAGGAGCGCGUGACGCGCAUGGACAUCUCGGACCUGCGCGAGGUGCUCAACAAGCAGCGGCGCGAGAUCGAGACGCUGCAGCUGGUGGUGGACGUGGACGGCAACCUGGUGAACGAGAUGAAGCUGCUGCGCAAGGAGAGCCGCAACAUGAACUCGCGCGUCACGCAGCUCUACAUGCAGCUGCUGCACGAGAUCAUCCGCAAGCGCGACAACUCGCUCGAGCUGGCGCUGCUCGAGAACCGCGUGCUCAACGCCACGUCCGAGAUGCUGCGGCUGGCCUCGCGCUACCGCGAGCUGGAGGUGCGCUUCGGCCUACUGGCCGGCGUCGUCAACAACCAGUCGGCGCUCAUCGCGGCGCUGGAGGACCGGUGCCUGCAGGCGUACGGCGGCGGACGCCACGAGCUGCCUGCCGUGCCCCCGCUGGUGCAGGUGGUGCCAGAGAGCCUUCCGGUCAACAGCGGGCGCUUCACUAACGAGAUUCAGCGCGUCCACAACCGCGCGCUACCCCGCGGAUCGCGCAUGGACCCACCGCCCACACUCAGUCCUGUCGGAGUGCCACCACCAACACUCAGCACUGAAGGGCCAUUCAAGGACUGCUACCAGGUGCGUCAGGCGGGCCACAAGGCGAGCGGGAUGUACUUGCUGAAGACCGAGGGCAGCGACCGGCUAAUCCAAGUGUGGUGCGAGCACGGUUUGGACAACGGAGGCUGGACCGUCUUCCAGAGGAGAAAAGACGGCUCUGUGAAUUUCUUCAGGAACUGGGAUAACUAUAAGAAGGGCUUUGGGAACAUAGAUAGCGAGUACUGGCUGGGCCUGGACAACAUCUACAACCUGACAAAGCAGGGCGACUACCGGCUCCUGAUAGAGCUGGAGGACUGGGUGGGCAAGAAGGUGUACGCCGAGUACAGCAGCUUCCGCCUGGAGUCUGAGAGCGAGGGCUUCCGUGUUCGCCUGGGCACCUAUCAGGGCAACGCCGGAGACUCGCUCGGCAGCAACAACGGGAAGCCCUUCACCACACUCGACCGCGACAGGGAUGCCUUCUCAGGUAACUGCGCCCAUUUCCAUAAGGGGGGUUGGUGGUACAACGCCUGUGGCCAGACCAACUUGAACGGCGUGUGGUACAGUGGCGGUGUCUACCGCAGCAAGUUCCAGGACGGAGUCUUCUGGGCCGACUACGGGGGAGGCUUCUACUCCAUGAAGGCCGUCCGCAUGAUGAUCAGGCCGAUUGAUUAAUAGACUUUUCAUAAACACUCUUCCACCAGACAGACACACAUUCACACAAACACAGACACUCCUCCCUAAAGGCCUCUAAAAUCCCUCCUAACACUUACAAUCCCUAGUCACAUAACUCAUGGUUGAUGUUAAAUUAUACAAUGCCUUUAAAAAACAAAAAAAUAAUAGCGCUCCACGUCCUGGGCCUCUCCCACAUGGGUCUAUGAGGAGGGACGUUUACUCUGGGGGUAGGCCGCGCACACACACACACACACACACACACACACACACACACACACACACACACACACACACACACACACACACACACACAGACACACACACACACUUGCACAGCGACAGUCCACCUUUGUCUGGUGCUACACACACACACACUGCAUUUUGACACAUAGGGGACAUGGAGCUGUGGAAAAAGAGAAAAAGAGAGGGAGAAAACCAACCUUAUUCUGUACCAUUUGCUUCCAGUCGUUCUCUCCUACGUCUGUUAAAAUGUAAUCAAUACAUUCAAUCUCCUUUUCUACUCUCUCUACUGUUGGAUGUCUGCUCACAUUCCUUGGUUCAUCCAUCCAAUUUUCUCCAGUUUUGCCCACUGUCAGUAACUUCUUUCACUCUUAAAGUGGAAGCCCCCGAAUGAAAUAUUUAGUUACAAUAUGUGCCAGAGGGAAGACACUCUGUAGUGUGGAACUGUUGUGGUAUAUGCACACAUAAACAUAGAUACACAUAGACACACACACACACAGUUGUUUAAAGUAUACAGUAUGUUUUUGUUACCCCACAAGCACAAAGAGGACUUGAGAAAUCUGUGCCUCUCUGAUGUGGAGAUGGCUUAGCUAGCGUUUAGUAUGUAAAUAUAUGGUACUGUAUAUUGCUUGUGAUUUGUGCAAGUUAAUUUAAGGUCUGUGGCUUGUUCAGGUCCAUGAUGUAAACUGCACCUCAUUCAACACUCCCAGUCAGCUAUUUAUCUUAUUUAUAAGGAUUAAGCAAUAGCGCUCUUCUACUUUACUUAUUCUGGUUACCAUGGAAAGUGUUUUCAUGUGUAUAUGUCACACGAACAACAACAUUCCAAAUAUACAUGCAUUUCCAUGAAUAAUCCAAAUUCUAUAGUACAAUCACACCAGUAAUAACAAGAAAGGACCCACGAUAGCAUGGAGAGCUAAACAAUGCCGAGCUCUCGCUUCUCCGGCCUCACGCGGACGGCCACCUUCUGCUACGCAACACGUGAAGACUAUGACUGACCGGAGGUGGAACCUAUUAACCGGUGCGGCACCGUCCCCUGCCUUGACGCCAACACCCCGUACUAAAGAUGGAAAGAGUACAAAAAAAAAAUCUAAUAAAACACUCUGCCGUC